AGUACCAAUCUGCAAAAGAGCCUCCCCUCCCUGCAAACGUCUCACUCUAUAAAGGAAGGCAACAACACAGCACUCUCUCCCCCACCACCCCUACCACCGCUCCGAACGACCUCCUCCCGUCUCUUCGUCCUCCACCCUCGUCUGCGCCCGAUCUGAGUCAAGAUGAGUCGUGGCGGGAGUGCUGGCGGUGGUCAAAGUUCUCUGGGUUACCUAUUUGGAGAUGGUGAGCCCGCAAAACCUGCAGCAGCAUCAGCUCCAAAGUCCCCUCCAGCUGAAAAACCAGCUCCAGCAGCUGCUGAUGUAGCCAAGCAGAUUCCAGCUGGCAUUCCAGGUAGCCGGGCUAACAACUAUCACCGGUCAGAGGGACAGAACACUGGAAACUUCCUUACGGAUCGUCCUUCAACCAAGGUUCAUGCUGCUCCAGGCGGUGGCUCGUCCCUGGGCUACUUGUUUGGUGGAAAGUGAUGUUAAUUGAUGCUGCUUACUGCAAGAUGAAGUGGUCUGUAUCUCUGUUAUCCAUGUGGGAAAAACAAUCAAGUGUUUCAUUUCGGUAAUUUACCGCCUGCAUCGAUGUACCGUGUGUCUGUAUGGUUUCAUGUGGCCAAGCUGAUCUCCUGCUUGGAAGCUAGCUUUGCCUAAAACCUAUUGCUUUCAAGACUAAUCGUGUUGUUCGCAAGAUUUGGUGUGUCUAAUCCCCUUGUUUGCUCCUUGGUUUUGUCACUUGCGUUAAUGGUGCAAGCACUGCAUGACCGAGCCCAGUUGAUUGUAUAUUUGUAUGACUCGGAUAGCAUGGAAAGUUGUGAUUCCUGACUCGAACGGCAUGCAGUUUGAGGA